AUUUCUAAAAUUUUAACCAAAGAUUAGUGUAAACAACUAAACAUUAUACAAGAUUAUAAGUUUCAUAAAAAUACAAUAAAAUUAUUUUUGUAGGCGUACUUUAUUUGCCUGCCCAAGCUGACCAAUUUACUUAUCUCUCUUACAAAACCUGCCCAAUCUGCCCGUUGCUGACCACUUUCACUCUCUCUCUCUCUCUCUCUGAAGAUGCCCUUUCGUAGCUCUCUAGCUCUCACGCACGCAAAAAACCUCCCUUUUGACUAAAACUUUCUCCAAUUUGUUUUCUUUUGUUCUUCCUUCACUUAUCUCUCUUCUUUGUCCCCAAUUAAGGAGCUCAAAUUCACUUCUACUGAACUGGGUUCUAAUCGUUUUCUUUGGAUCUUUUGCUUAUGUUUGAUUUUGAGUCAAAAAGGAUCAAACUUUAUAUUAAGAGAGAAUUGGGUUUCUUUGAUCAUUGAUUUCAAUUUCUGGGUUUUAUCAAAGUUUUGUUUUUUUUACAUAAAUAUGUGAUCAAAGAGAGUGAUCUAUUUCCCUUGACUUUUUUUCUGUUUUGAAUCCUUUGUGAUUUGUUUUGAAAUUAGGGUUUAUGGUUAGAUAAUGGGUACAAACUUAGAAUCUUUUAAGGUGGUGGAGAAAUUAGGUGUUGAGAAAGGUGAAAAAGGGAAGAUGUUGAGUAAAAAGAAGAAUGUUAAAAAAGAUGGAGAUGAGAGUGAAAGUGGGUUUUGGUUUAGAUUCAAGUUUAUCUUUAGUUGUAUCUCUUCUAGAUCAAAAGUUGAUAGUUCCAUGAAUGCUACUACAGUUAUUGCAGAACCUAAGAAAGUUAUUGAGAAGCUUGAAGGUCAGCCAGCGCCGAUUAAAGAUACUGGUUGUGCGGAGAGCGGCUCCUCGACACCUUUAAUGAGCGGGGAAUUGAAGUAUUCUUCUAAGCUACGGAUUUUCAUGUUUAACGACCUUAAGUUAGCCACUAGGAAUUUCAGACCAGAGUCUCUUCUCGGUGAGGGUGGGUUUGGAUGUGUUUUUAAAGGAUGGAUAGAGGAGAAUGGAACUGCACCUGUUAAGCCUGGUACUGGUCUAACUGUAGCUGUCAAAACACUGAAUCCAGAUGGCCUUCAAGGUCACAAGGAGUGGCUGGCUGAGAUUAACUUCCUUGGAAACCUUGUUCACCCAAGUCUUGUUAAAUUGGUGGGCUAUUGCAUGGAAGAAGACCAACGGCUGCUUGUUUAUGAGUUUAUGCCACGAGGGAGUUUGGAGAACCAUCUUUUCAGAAGGACUUUACCUCUCCCUUGGUCUGUCAGAAUGAAAAUUGCACUUGGUGCAGCUAAAGGUCUCGCCUUUCUUCACGAAGAAGCUGAGAAGCCAGUCAUAUAUCGAGAUUUCAAAACAUCUAAUAUAUUACUGGAUGCGGAAUAUAAUUCAAAGCUCUCUGAUUUUGGGCUUGCGAAGGAUGCUCCAGACGAGAAAAAAUCCCAUGUAUCAACCCGAGUCAUGGGAACUUAUGGUUAUGCUGCCCCUGAAUAUGUAAUGACUGGACAUCUUACAACGAAGAGCGAUGUAUACAGCUUUGGAGUAGUAUUACUUGAAAUAUUAACCGGACGAAGAUCUGUGGAUAAAAGUCGGCCGAACGUGGAACAAAACUUGGUCGAAUGGGUGAGACCUCAUCUCUUAGACAAGAAAAGGUUAUGCCGGCUAUUAGAUCCUCGGUUAGAGGGUCACUACUCGAUCAAGGGUGCUCAGAAAGCCACACAAGUAGCGGCACAAUGCCUUAACCGAGACUCUAAAGCUAGACCGAAGAUGAGUGAAGUUGUGGAAGCCUUAAAGCCGUUACCAAAUCUUAAAGACUUUGCUAGCUCUUCUUCUUCUUUCCAAACAAUGCAGCCUGUUGCUAAGAACGGAGUCAGAACACAAGGAGGAGGGUUUGUAUCGAGAAAUGGACCGCCAAUGAGGAGUUUGUCUAGCUUAAACCUGCCUCAAGCAUCCCCUUAUCGUUAUGCCCGUCAAUCACCAAAGCCUAAAGGAAAAGAGCCAUGACUCAAAUAGAUAUUAAUUAGUUCUUCAUGUCUGACCGAGGUUUUGCUGAUUGCAGCCGGAUGUUCAACUUCCUGUUUCAUCGAUUCUUUCCGAUUCAAGAGCAAGUUGCAGCUUUUUAUCCUGAUCAAAGAAAUGGUCUGUGGAGACUGAAGCUUGACAAGUUUGGAAUGUUUCGGAUCCUGGUUUGUGUUCUUUGAGUUGAUGAAACUCGAAAAAAUAUCUUUGGUCCUCAAAGGUCUAAAGAUUUUGAUAUAUGAUUUUAAUGUGUAGAAAAUGUAAAGUUUGAGAGUGUAAAGUUUCUAUAAAUGAUAUAAACAUGUUGUCUGUAAAAAAACUUAUGUAAACCCUGUAAUAUAUGUUCUGAUAUGCAUUGAGUUUCAUCUUUAA